UCCAACCACAGGAUUGGGCUGCGAAACUAUCAGCCUUUGUUCCUUCGCCUGAGGACGCGGUCAGUAGCCGCUGACGAGUAGGCAAGACCCCAGCCUCUAUAGAGGUGACGAGGAGGACCGUCAACUGCAGGGAUGAAAUCAUUGUUUCGUCGUGCGCGCUCAACCGAUCAGUUGAAGCCGAAACUUGUCCCAAGCCCCCUCAUAUCUCUUCCAGAAGAUGUGCUGAUCGCGGUACUGGCUCAUGUUGAUGUGGCUGACAUUAUUAGAUUGCGUCGGGUUAACAAAAUCUUCAAAGACCUUACCAAGACUCUCAUCGUCUGGGUACAUGCGCUGAAGUGGUUUCCUCUUGUCCUCCAUCACCGUCCAGAUACUGAAAUCGCUCAAGAAAUCGAGGAUGCUCUUGUGUUUUCGUGUAAACUGGAACAGAAGCUUUCCUCGUCUAAGCUCACCACUCGUUCUGGGUGGAUAUUAUCUGAAGCGGUUGGUGGAGAGUUAUGGACGCCGAACAUGUGCAUAGCUAGGGACUAUUUGGUCGUUUCUGGUUCAGAGAAUGGUUUCCUCUGCGUCAAUUUGGCGACCAAGACGUCGUGGAAAAUCCCUGUCCCCGACUAUCCCGUUGCGCACUGGGUGAAUGCAAUGGAAAUGACUCUCAAAGGGGAACUGGGCCUGGUAGUGGUCAUACGCAGUUUGGAGCGUAUGCGGAAGGCAGUUGUUUACUUCCAACCCCUACCAGAACUGCCGUGCGAUGGGAGGGCACACGAGCUUAUCACUAUCACUGUAAACGACAAAAUCAGCUGCGCUGAACUCAGUGGAUCUUCCGUCUUGGUUGGUUCUGCGUCCGGAGAGAUUACUCGGGUGGACCUCGAACAUAUGGUCACGCAAAAGUACAACGUCGGAGGACAUAUCUGGGACGCAGCUAUUUACGAUCAAUUUCUAGUCGUUUCGCAUUCGAGCACCGGCAGCCGUAUCACGAUCGUGGCUCUUUCGCCGCUGAACAAUUUGACGGAUCAAAACGGUGACUCGGCAACCGAUUCAGUCAAAACCAUUACACAACGAGAUCUCAAUACCUCAUCUGACCAGUCCCGGGAGGUCUUUGCCGUAGGACUUCCAAAGCUCGCUCUCCCUGCACUAAGCACACCGGAUCGCGCUAUCCGCCUAUUUACGCAUCCUCUUCCAAUUAUCCACUUAGCUCAUUCUUUCAUUAUCCCCCACCAAGACAGUGAGGGUCGUGUCGAUGCUGUGCAUUUCAACAUCCCUAAAGUGCCGUUUUCUUCCCUCCCAUUUUUACGGAAUUCUACGUCGUGGACCGUGUCCUGUAUACGAGCUGGCCACUCGAGAGCGAUGAGCCUUAUAAGCGUCAGGACAAGCAGCGGUAAUAGUCAGGAACUCAUCCUUACCGAUGUGCAGGAGGAUCGGAGCGUCGUUCACAAGCGAGUAAACAUCCAUUCAAAAAAACUUGCUGAUAGCUUGCUGGAGAGAGGGGGUGAGCUUGCUUGGGAUGAACCUUCGGGUCGGGUCUGUGUUUGCACGAGAAGAGCCCGGCAAAAGUGCGUCAUCACGGUCCUGGAACUCUGAUUUCAGCGUCGCUUCCGGGUGCCAGGUGUGGACAAAAUGGACUUUGUGCAUUAUUUAUCUUAUAGAGUUUAAUGUUCCAUAUUUCAUACACGCAUGUAUGGUAAAUGCAUUCAGAUCGGCAUUGAGCACAAGACCACGCAGACCCAGAUCAGCUCCU